GAGAAAAAAAAAGUUCGCGAUCACUCAGUCAGUCCAUGUUGAACCAGCUCAGGGGCAACAACUCUCCAAUUUUCAUUGGUGAGAAAAGUGUUCAAGCUCCGAUCAGCCACCUAACAGAUGACUGAUUGUUUGAAAUAUACUGUUUGCGAAUGUGAAACGUGAUUAUAAUUUUGUUAAUUAGAUCUGGCAUGAUUCUUUUUAUGUCAUUUUAUUAAUCCAUUGCUUAUUCCAUAAUUUUCAAAGAAACAUAAUUCACAAUUAAAACAAAUUGAUCUAUCAGAAAUGUGAAGGAACAUGCCAAGCAGUGCAUAUGUGUGAUACUCGUAGAUAGAAAUAUUAUCCAGCAUCAUUUGUCAUCAUUAUUUUUUAUUAAAGAAAGCAAUCUAAAAACGGAGCUCGAAAACAUUUGCAACGUAUUUAAUAUAAUAUAAGUUUUCAUAGGUUAAUCAGACGAAAAUGAGUACCUGUCAUAAAACAUGCAUCAUAAUUCACUUCAUCGCUAUGAUAAGCAUUUUUGCUUUCCAAUGUCCAACAAACAAGGAGUGUCGAUGUCGAAAUUGGGAUCACUUGACAUUCUUUUAUAUGAACUGUACAAUAAAUAAUAAUAAUUCUGUUUUGGAAAUAUUAUAUACUAACCUCGCAUUCAAUGUCUUAAACAUUACCUGUGUCAACUCAGCGGACUUGUCAAAUUUUAAUCUCAACAUAUGGAAUAUUACGUUGCAUAAUACUUCUUGGGCUUCUGACUACCUGAUGGUGUUCAAAGAGUGUAAUUUAUCUAAGAACAUCAAAUUGAUAAACAUUGCACAAAUGCUAAAUGAUACAGACCUGGAAUUAAUAUUUUUUGCAUCACAAAAAAACUUAAACUUAACCUUGGAAAAGCAUCAUCUAAACGGUUUACAAAAUUUGAAAAAACUGUUCAUAUAUAACUACAACAUACACCAUGUGAACAAAGAUCUGUUAGCCAAUUUGCAAAAAUUACAGAUCCUUCACAUAACAAACACCAACUUAGAAUCUUUGGCCGUUGAAUUUUUUGAUUUUACCCCCGAAUUAAAUUGGCUCUAUUUGAGGAAUAACAGUUUGAGACGGAUAGAAUCCACCACAUUUGAUAAGCUGACAAAUUUAAUACAUCUGGAUCUACGUAAGAAUUAUUUAACCGAGUUCCCAGCGGGCAUUUUCGACAAACUUGUCGCUCUGAGACACCUCGAUGUGUCAAUGAAUGACUUAUCCAGUUUACCAGAAAAUAUAUUCGCAAAGCUGGAAAACCUUAACAAUCUUUUUCUAGAAGGGAACAAUUUUACAAAUCUGCCAAAAGAUCUUCUACAAAACAAUACAAAAUUGGCAAGAGUUUACUUAAAUGACAACCAGAGAAAUUUGACUUUAUUGGAUGAAUUUUUUAGCAAUUUAACGAAAGUGAAACAUUUGGAACUGAUGAACAAUGGACUAAUCACUUUACCGAAAGAUCUCUUUUGGGGAUCAUCGUCGCUGGAAGAGAUUGUAUUGAGUAACAAUUACCUCCAAUCUUUGCCCGUAGAAAUAUUUCGAGAUUUGUCAUACUUAGAAAUAUUGGAAUUGGACUCUAAUUAUCUAGAAGCUUUGCCGGAUAAUAUUUUCAAAAAUACCAAGAAAUUAAAAAAAUUGAAUUUAUCAAAUAAUCGCAUUACUACCAUUUCUAAAAAUUUAUUUGAUAAUUUAUUCCAAUUGGAACAACUAAAUAUGGAACGAAAUCAUCUAAGAACUAUUUCCGAUUAUAAUUUUUACGAUUUAAGAAAUUUAAAGAUUGUUAACUUGUCUCACAAUUAUCUUACGUUAUCUAAAUGGUCCCAUGCAUUCGACAUAUGGAUUGACAAUGACAUAGAAAAAUUAUAUUUAGUUAACAAUAGCAUUUCCGAAAUAUUGUACGAUUGGAUAAAAAUGAAAAAACUUCAGACAUUGGAUCUCAGCUAUAACAACAUAUCUACUAUAAAAACUGAAGAUUUACUGUUUUCAUCACACAACGUUCUAGUGAAUUUGACUCAUAAUAAAAUACAAAAUAUCCUUUUACACGAUGCCGAAGAUAUCACAAAAAUAAGAACAAAAACUGAUCGUAGCAUUAGAGUAUUAGUGGAAAAUAAUCCAUUAAAUUGUGAUUGUGACGUGUACGAUUUUCUACGUUAUUACGAAGAGGAAAUGAGUAACGUUCGACGCUAUUUUCAGAUAGAAUUACACGAUUUAACUUGUCAUAGUCCAAAAGAAUUAAAAAAAGUCCGGUUAUAUUCUAGAAAUUUAACCUGUGAAGUACAAAACACAGAUUCCAUAUGCCCCGAAAAGUGCGAUUGCUUUUUGAAGCCUCAUGAUAAAGCUUUCAUAUUUGACUGUUCUCAUAAAAACUUAACUAAUGUGCCAAACAAUAUAAGAGAACCUGACAUUCAUUUUAUUCAAAAUUUGACAAAAUCAGUUAAAACAAUUACGAAAUUUUAUUUGAAUUUCUCUCAUAAUCGGUUAACACAAAUGCCAGACUUGGAAAAAUUAAAACUCAGAUCAGUAAAUAAACUUUUUUUAUCUCACAACGACAUAUCUACUAUUUCCAAAAUUGGAUUAUCGGAGACAACAGAGGAUUUGGAGCUACACAAUAACAACUUAUUAAGAAUAGAUCUUGAUGUACUGAGAUUUUGGAACCACUCUGCCAAUUUAACUCAUUUGACGUUACAUGAAAAUCCUUGGGAAUGCGACUGUGAUGCUAGAAAUUUUUAUAAAUUUAUUCAUUCAGAAUCCGGAAUAAUCAAAAUGCCCGAAGCUUAUAAAGUAAUAUGUCAUAGAAAGAAUACAUCCAUAUCAGAAAUGACCUGGGACGAUUUUUGUCCUUCUCACGUAACAAUGAUUAUCAGCAUCAGUGCAACAAUUGCUUUUAUUGGAUUAAUUGGUAGUAUUUUUGGUCUGUAUUACAAAUACCAAGAACACAUUAAAAUAUGGCUUUUUGCGCAUCAGUGGUGUUUAUGGUUUGUUACGGAAGAGGAAUUGGAUAAGGACAGAUUAUACGAUGCGUUUGUGAGCUUCUCGCACAAAGAUAUCGAUUUUAUAGCAGACGAGCUGAUACCGAAUCUCGAGAGUGGCCCAACACCAUUCAAAUUGUGUGUUCAUUAUCGAGAUUGGUUAGCGGGCGAAUGGAUACCGGAUAAUAUUGCUAGAUCCGUAGAUAAUUCUAGACGGACAAUAGUGGUGCUGUCGCCAAAUUUCUUGAAGAGCAUCUGGGGAAGAAUGGAAUUUCGGGCUGCCCAUCGUCAAGCGUUAAGCGAAAAACGGACGCGAGUGAUACUGAUCUUGUAUGGUGACAUCGGACCCACAGAUAAUUUGGAUCCUGAACUGAGAGCGUACAUAUCUAUGAACACGUACGUUAAAUGGGGAGAUCCUUGGUUUUGGGACAAAUUAAGAUACGCACUGCCGCAUCAAUCCAGACGACCGAGAAGCAACUAUGUCCAAAGAGAAGUUCUUGAAUCUGAAGUCUAAAAUCAUGAACUGUGAACAAAGAUAAUCAAAAACUUAUUCAUUGUAUUUCCUAAAGCACUUGCUCUUUCUCUAUCGUGAACUAACUUUUAUCAAUAAGAUAUACUAUAAUGAUAAGUCAUGAAAUUGAUACAACUGCAAACAAAAAAUUAGUUUCUAUAAUACAUAGAAAGAGACGAUUUGACAGCGAGUUAAAAUGAUAAGUAACAUAGAAUUAUCACAAACGAUAAAAUGUAUUAACUAUAUUCUUUAUCAUAUGUAGUUUGUAAGAUUGUUUAUUCAAUAUUGCUGCACUAUGCAGAAGUAUAGCGAAAUAUGUAUACAUACAUAAAUAUAUCACUUACAAUUUAGAAACAUUGACAAUAUA